UAACCCUUGAGCUGCAAAUAUUCUCCUCAAUUAGCAUCUUCCAUCUACUUGACCACUAAUAUUGAACGUACUGUAAGUGAAAGAGGACAUACAGAGGACAAGUCGGAUUUUUAACCACCACUUUCCUAGUAUUUUUGGCUUUUUACAUCCCCCUUUUGGUCGGCCUGCUUCCAUCUGUACUCUACGAGGAAAGCUGUGUGUUUAUUUCGGAGGAGGAUCCGAAUAUCCUUCGUUUGGCUCAAUAGGCUAGCCUCCUCCCUCACGCUGGGUUAUGCUCUGCCCGAAAGUCCGAAGGCGGCGGGGCAUUAUUUUCGCCAACCUGAAACUUCGUCGUUCAUUCUCCCCUUUCCCGUCACGAUUGCUAAAAUCCCUCCGGCGUUCCACGAGUCCCGUUAAACCACUUCGGACGCCCGUGGGGCGAAGACCGCGCGCGCGGUGGAGUGGAGGGGGAGGAUAAUUCACUCGCAAGGAACGAAGCGCAGCACACGGCCUCUCCCUAGCGGUGCCAGGCGGGCAGCCGUCUCCGGUUCACGCCGCAGCGCGUCUCGUGGGCGGCCUCAUCAUGGAGGCUGCGGUUCCGUGAAGAGGAGGAGGAGGAGGAGCAGGAGGGAGGCGGCACGGCUGCCUCAGCUCAGCCCUUCCACAGAGAGAGGGCCUGCUUCAGCCAAGUCUCCAGCUUGCUUGCCUCCGCCACUCCGAGAGAGCGCGGACGAGUUGUUGCGGUCCGCGCCGAACCCCGCGGCCGCUCGGUCUCUUUCGCAGGUUUCUGCACUAUAAGUGCCUUAUGUAGUCAUUGUACAGCGACAACUUUGUUGUUCUCAUGAUCAUCUCUCACGGCUAGAUAUUGGCUUUAACCUUACAAAUCAACUACAGCUUCCUGUAUAUCUGAUUCCAGCAUUAACAAAACGUGAGAAAAAAUAUUGAACUAAACAAGAAGACUGCUGAAUCUGUAGCUUUUCCUACCUAAUUAACACCAACAAAGAGGAUACGACAGCCUAAAAUGUAUAAAAGAAUGCCAUUGUAUGAAAACAAGUUUUUUUUCCCUAGUAGCAUGAAUGUUGUCCAGAAAUGCUACUGAGCAUGAUUUUUUUGCAGACAAAAGUGUACAAAUGGCAUAUAUUGGUUGAUAACUACAAUGUUCACUGAUAAUAGCUGCUUUGUAUAUCAUCUUUGUAUGCAUUGGAUUUUAUUAAGCUACGCUUGGUUUUAUUGAAAGGAACCUUCUUGGCUUGGUUUUUAAACAGAGGCUAUUUCAUUAACAACUCACAAAAUCGAAAGCAGUUUUAUAUCAUGGCUUCAAUUGUUGCUCCAGUGAGAGACACAAAAUGGCUGACACUAGAAGUGUGCAGGCAGUUUCAGAGAGGGACUUGUUCACGUUCUGAUGAGGAAUGUAAAUUUGCACAUCCAUCCAAAAGCUGCCAAGUUGAAAGUGGAAGAGUGAUUGCCUGCUUUGAUUCCCUAAAGGGCCGUUGCACGAGGGAGAACUGCAAAUAUCUUCACCCACCAACACAUUUGAAAACUCAGCUAGAAAUUAAUGGUAGAAACAACCUGAUCCAACAGAAAACCGCAGCAGCAAUGCUGGCUCAGCAGAUGCAGUUUAUUUUCCCAGGAGCACCUCUUCAGCCAAUGCCAUCAUUUUCAGUAGGACCAACAAUAGGAUCUAAUCCAGCACUAAACUUUGCACCAUAUUUAGCUCCGGUUACUUCUGGGGUUGGAUUAAUUCCUACGGAAAUCGUUCCCACACAAUCUGUAAUUGUUCCUGGAAAUCCGGUCUCUGUCUCUGGAUCAACUACAACACAGAAACUCCUCAGGACAGAUAAACUAGAGGUUUGCCGGGAAUUCCAGCGAGGAAACUGUGCACGGGGUGAAACCGAUUGUCGGUUCGCACAUCCUGCUGACAGCACAAUGAUUGAUACAAAUGACAACACUGUAACUGUUUGUAUGGAUUACAUAAAAGGGCGUUGCCUGAGGGAAAAAUGCAAAUAUUUUCAUCCUCCUGCUCAUUUGCAGGCCAAAAUCAAAGCUGCUCAGCACCAGACAAACCAAGCGGCAGUGGUAGCCCAGGCAGCUGCUACAGUCAUGACUCAGUCGACUGCCAAAGCAAUGAAGCGACCUCUUGAAGCAACUGUAGACCUGGCCUUUCCACCUGCUGUCCUUCAUCCUUUACCAAAGAGACAAGCACUUGAGAAAAGCAAUGGUGCCAGUGCUGUUUUUAAUCCCAGUUUCUUGCACUACCAACAGGCUCUUGCUAGUGCACAGUUGCAGCAACAUGCAUCAUUUAUUCCCACAGGGUCAGUUUUGUGCAUGACACCUGCUACCAGUAUUGUUUCCAUGAUGCACAGCGCUACGUCCGCCACUGUCUCUGCACCAACAGCUCCUACAGCAAGUGUCCCCUUCGCUGCAGCAGCCUCAGCCAAUCAGAUAAUCCUGAAAUAGUGAACAGGAAUGGAAUGGAAUGUCAAGAGGCCUUGUUGAGAACAGCAAAGCAUUGUUACUGUACAUACAACCCUGUCUCUUCCUUAACAGAAUUGCCACAAACUGCAUGCUGAGUAAAGAGACAAGUUUACUUUUGUCCACACUUAAGAGCUAGUGCUGCUAUAUCGUAUAUGAAUAUUAAGAUGGUAUGCUUAGUAUAUUAAAAACUAAUCUAGUUAACUACCUGAUGCCAGCUGUGAUGGUUCAAGACAUAAAAGGGUAAUAUUUUACUUUUAAAAGUUUUUAUAUAACACUGUUUACUUCUUAGGAAUAUUGUCUUACCACCAUAAAAUAGUGAAUGUAAGUAGUCCCAUUCAUGUAUCGCAGGGUUCACAGUUUUAUGACUCUUUCAAUGUUAGCAAUAACUGAUUUACAUUGGCCACUAAAUCCAGGAUCUAACUACAUGAAUAGUUUCCCAGGAGAGCUGUUGCUUUGGUUGCAUGUUUCUUAAACUGACCUCCCUGCACCCCAGUUUGCACAGAGAAAUUCUUUUGAAACUGGACUUUCAAAAGUACUUGGUAAUGCUGCAAAGGAGAAUCUGGUCCCAGUGAUGUAGGUCGAGGGAAUUUAAAAACAAGAUACUUUGGGAUAUCAGUGCCACUAGUUGCACUGUGAUGAUUGGUGACAAAAUAAGUGAUGCAGUGGUGGAAUCACCACUAGAAGUUCCAGAGUAGUUUUCCUAGCCUGGUGUCCUUCGGAUAAUUAGGAUUUUUCCUUCCAGCAUAUGCAACCAGCAUAGCCAAUGGUCAUGCUGUGGGUAGGUGGGUGGUUGGGGAAUCCAGGGAGUCAUAAGAAACCUAGGUUGAGGCACAGUCAAGUGGAUGAAGAUGAAACAGAAGAUCUAAACCAGGUAUGUCAAACUUGUGGUGUCACAUCGUCACGUGACGUAUCGUGACUUUUUCCCCCUUUGCUAAACUGGGGAUGGGCAUGGCCAGCGCAUGACCCAUCCAGCCCGUGGCCCAUGAGUUUGACACCCCUGAUCUAAAGCAAAGGUGACGAACUAUGGCCCCUUUAUGACUUGUGGACUUCCACUCCCAGAAUUCCUGAGUCAACAUGGCUAACUCAGGAAUUCUGAGAGUUGAAGUCCACAAACCAUAAAAGGGCCAUAGUUCCUCACCCCUGAUCUAAGGUAAAGCACAAAUUGCAGCAAUGCACACACGCUGCUUUGGGAUAUGUAUGGAGAGGUUAUAUGGAAUAACAACAUUCUAGAAUUAAAUCAAACCUUUGCACAGUAUGAUUUUCAUACCCCUAACAAAAGUCUUGACUAUGUUAUUUUACAAAGAGAGAAUAUUUUUUAAAGAAGUCUUUGCAGAAGUGCCUAAAUUUUGUCACAUAAAACUUGAAACUUAAGUGACACUGCAGUCUAUAAUUGAAUCUAUGCCAAGUGAUUCAGCUUUCAGAUUUGCAAUCAGGUUACCAAAAAUCAUUUGUUAUAAAAUAACUUCUUCCCAGUUAAAUAAAUGGGGCUACAGAUUAUAUAAGAUUAUAUGAAAUUCUGUUUCAACUCAAAACUCAGUGCAGUCACUGUAAGAGCUAAUAAGUGACUUUAAUAUAGACGAUUAGGAAAAUAUAGAAAAGGAUAUAAAAAGAGUUUCAUUUUAAUUCAUUGUUACUACUGCCAUAUUUUUAAAAUAAAAUUUAAAAAGAUUACAACAAAGAGAAAAAAACUAGUUCUUUUAAUUGUUUAUUUAAAAGCUUACUUUAUGUCACAAAAAUGCAAAGUUAUGUUUAAUACAGCUGUAUUAAAUACAGAAUGUAUUAUAUACAGCUGUAUACUGUAUCAUAUACAGCACAUGUAUGGGCAAAACAUAUUUUAAUAUUUACUUUUUCAAAACUGCAUUGAUUUCCAAAACAGUUAUACACAAAUUUAUUUGUUUGGAAGGUUGUACCAAAUACAUUACAUUUAAUGUUUUGUAUAUUGCACAUAUGUCACUAAAUAUAUAAUUUUAAAAUUAAUGUUUCUAAACAAAAAGUUGUCUAAAAUAUGCAUAAUUAUUGAAAACAUUUUCCCUUAUGAAAAUUAUAAAUGAUUGCAGUAUUUUAACUUAGGCUUUUCAGAUUGAUAUGCGUUUGGCAGCAUUGCCUAUUCUAAGAGACAGAUCUACUAAUUUAUUUUUAAUAACUUUAUUUUUCAGUAUUAAUUUUGUGUUUCAAAUGUUUAAUGUUGUUUAUAUUAACAGUAGUUUAAUUAUUUAAAAAGGAACACAUACCGUACACCCAAAAAUCUUACGAAAACAUGUUGUAAUCUUGCAUUUAUUUUCAUCUCAACUGUGAGAAAAAUGUAUGCAACUUUUGUUUUUACUUAUAAAUUUGUCAUUAUA